GGCCGUAUCCGCCUCCUCUCCUCCUCUCCUCCUCUCCUCCUCUCCUCCAUCCUCUCCUCCUGCGGAUAAACAGACGGACAGACAGACAGACAGGUGGACGGACAGACAGGUGGAUCAGUGAUGUCGGUGUCUCCCGGCCUCGCCGACCUGUCUCACCUCUACCAGACGGAGUUUGUCCGUAGUGCGCGUGCGGUCGGCGUCCUGUGGGCCGUGUGCACGCUCUGCUUCGCCAUCAUCCAGGUGGUGGUCCUGGUGCAGCCGUCCUGGAUCGGCACCGGAGACGCCCACCACCUGGGGGCGGGGCCUGUCCCGCCCAGCGGCACUCUGGGAUUGUUUGAGGUCUGUGUGGAGUCGGACUGGCCGGUCCUGGACUGCCGUGGUGGUCUCUCCCGCCUGUCCCCCCUGCCGUCCUUCCAGUCGGUGGCGGUGCUGGUGGGCGUGUCCCUGUGGGCCGUGUGGACCAGCGUGUUCUGUCUCUGUCUCUUCAGGUUCUGCAGCGCCGCCACGGUCUACAAGACCUGUGCCUGGCUGCAGCUCACUGCAGGUUUCUGUCUGGCGUUGGCUUGUCUUUUGUUCCCAGACUCGUGGGAGAGUCCCGAGAUGAGAGCUCUGUGUGGCGACUCUGUGGGCAGCUUCUCUCCAGGUAACUGCUCCGUCCACUGGGCCUACAUCCUGGCCAUCCUGGGCAUUCUCGACGCCGCCAUCUUGGCCACGUUGGCCUUCGUCCUCGCCAACAGACAGGACGCGCUGCUGCCACCGGACGCCAAGGACGGUCUGCUGAUGUCGGCGUAAAGUCAGCAGAUCUCUUCAUCAUCACCAUCAUCAUCAUCACCAGAGGCGGAGAUAUCAAAACAAGCUGGAGGAAGAGGCCCUCCACCCCCUCAUCAUCAUCAUCACCUGGUUCCAGCAGGUCAACGAUGUCGCAGUUAGAAGAACACCUGUUGUACUGAUCGGGUGUCUAUGAACAUGAAGUAUUGGAGCCGGUGCUCAGGUAGAUCGUGAAGUACAGGUGUGGUGAGGAACUCCUCGUCCUCCUUCAGAGGAACCGAACUCGUUAAAAGCUUCCGGCUGGUUCUCGUUAGAGAUUCUAAGUUCUAACAGAACGUGAUGACCUCACAGAACAUGAAGCAAGAACCAGGUUACCUGUGUUAACGAGGAAUCAGAAUUGGCCCUAAUAGGUCUCCGUACACUUCAGUAGAGCUUCGAAAAAGAAAAAACAUCAUUUUAAUAAUGUUUGUUGUUUACAUAAUCUAUGUCUUCAUGUCUUCAGGCUCAAUGUUUUAAUCCACAUCAAUAAAUAGUUUUAACGGAC